AAAUUAUUAAUUGUAUUUUCUAAUUUUAUUUUCAAAGAGUUUUCAAUAUUCAAGUUUAUUAUCUGUUUUUAGACAGUAUUUAAUUGUAUAAAUAGUGACCUCGAUAUGAAAUCAAGAAUCUUAUGAAAUUUUUUGUUUCAAAUGGGUUAAACAUGACUAAAUUUGUCUUUUGAAGCUGCAAAAAUGGCGGAAAAAGAUAUACUGCAUAAAUUGAAGUACCAUUUUAUGUCACCAUAUGAAAAGUAUAGGAAACAUGGAAGAAAGCCAUGGAAAUUAAUAAUUCAAAUUUUAAAAAUUUUUAUGGUAACUGCACAGGUUAUUUUGUUUGGCACAGAUCGUUUUGCUUUUAUCGCAUUUAUGAAAAAUACACAAAAUGCAUUUAAAAAUCUUUUUAUUCAAUCAUACAAUGGUGUUACACCAUUCUUUAUCAUUGAUAAAGAUACACUUAUUGAUGCAAUCAUAUAUACUAAUGAAACAUAUUAUGACUUGAUGGAAAUAUCAAUUGGUAAGUUUCGAUAUGCAGGUUUUGUAGAGAAUAAUCCUUCACCUAUAUUAAUAUGUUUGAAGCAGUAUCAGUAUGCUAAUGGUAAUAUUAGUCUUGGAAUAGAUCAAGAUGCAGCAACAAGAGAAGAUUGCGUAGAGAUGUUUUCAGAAUCUAUUUUAAGUUUUAAAUUACAACAGAAUGGUUUCUUUGACAGUGUGGUUUCCAUUCAUUUAAAGUUUAGUUUAAGUGUUGUCUUUUGGAAUGGUUUAAAGCGGCAUCAUGUUCCUGAAUGUUUUGAAAUGCAAAAUAAUAUAGUUUUUGACAAUUCAUAUCAUGAUGGUCAACUUCGUGUUAAUCUUGAAAUGAGUGAAGAUAUUUCUAAUUGUCCAGAUAAUUAUGCGCUAUUGGGAGAAGGUAACAAAAUAUUUCAGAAUCUUAUGAUUAUAUUUGACAUCCUGGUUAUCUUGAUUUGUACCCUUUCAAUUUUGCUUUGUAUUCGAUCUCUUACAAAAUCUAUGAUGCUGGCAGAAGCUGCUCAAAAGUACUUUGCUACUUACAAGAAUGAAAAGCUUACCAAAUGGGAUUUGCUGGAAUUUAUUAACAAGUGGUUUGCAGUUAUUGUUAUUAGCGAUUUGUUUUCUAUUAUUGGCUUUACUACCUAUAUAAUUCAUUUUGAUGAAAGAGAUAUUCAGUUUUACAAUAUUUGCAGUGUGCUGCUAGGUCUUGGAGUGGUGCUAGCUUGGAUUGGCAUGUUGCGCUUUUUUACCUAUUUGAAAUCAUUUAAUAUUUUAUUGAUUGCUCUACGUUAUGCAGCACCGAAUCUAAUUCGUUUUACGUUUUGCGCCGUGUUUAUUUUUACUGGUUUCACAUUGUGUGGAUGGAUAGUCAUGGGUCCGUAUCAUCCUAAGUUCCAGACGUUUUUGUCCACGGCUGAAGGUCUAUUCUCAUUACUUAAUGGCGAUGAUAUAUAUGCAACAUUUUUAAACAUGAGCCCUAUGAACACCUCUGUUUGGGUGUUUAGCAAAAUCUACUUAUACGCUUUUAUAUCAUUGUUCAUUUACAUCGUGCUGAGUACAUUUAUAAAUAUAGUGGGCGACACUUACGAAAAACUUAAGGACUGGGGAAGAAUGCAUCCUACACGCAUUGAAGUUUUCAUGAAGGGUUGCUUAACCUCAGGGACUGGCAAUAAAGGAUUUGCACCGACUUGUUGUAGAUGUAUACGAGAAUAUAUAAUGAAGGAAUCUCUAGAAACUUUAUCUUCAAGACGGUUGUCUGUUAUAUCAGCAUCCUUCGAAUGAUUUAAUAUUUUAUAUCUGUAAAUAACAUUAGACGUUUGUACAUAAUUAUCAAUUGUUUUAUAAAUCAUAUUU